CCUAGGGUGUUUUUCCCCCAGUAGGUGAAGGGCUCUGCAGGUAGUUGGGGUAGGGAUAUCCCAGAGUAACUACCUUCUAGCCCGUGUCCUGAGUUUAUCAGGUGCAGUGCUACUAUUGGUGAUAGAAUACAAGCUGUGAUCCUCAAUCCCUGGGUGCAAGCAGAGGUGGUGGAGAUAAAGGCCAAGAGUAGCUGUCAUUCAGCUACCUGUGACCUUCCACAGCAUCUCUAGAGCUAGCAAGGCCACGGGGACAGACAGCAUGGGUAUUCACGGUCUCCGCAUGUCUUCCUUGGCACUCCUUCUGUUCCUGCUCCUAUUACCGCCUCCCAUUUCUAAGGCUAAGAGCCUAGGCAACCAUGGCCGUGGCUGGAAACUCUUCCACCGCCUGGGCAAGGGCUCCAGAAGUUCCCAGCAACGCGAGGUUCAACAGAUGAGGCAAAAGUGGAGCCAGGGCCAGGGCCAAACGGCAGAGGACUGCCUCGGCGUUUUCGACCUCUACAUCAUCCUGGACAAGUCAGGCAGUGUGGGCACAAACUGGAUCCACGUUUAUUCAUUUGCCGAGGAUUUGGUGAAGAAAUUCCAGAACCCAAAAAUGCGGAUUUCCGUCAUUACCUUCUCAACAGACGCUGAAGUUAUCAUACCACUCACCUCAGACAGAGAAGAAAUCCAAAAGGGCCUUCUCACUCUCCUCGAAGAGGUGCCUACAGGAUUCACACACAUGCAGAAAGGAAUUCAGAAGGCCAUAGAGCAGAUCAAAAAGGCCAACUCGGAAGGCAGUAAUGUCAACAGUGUGAUUAUUGCCCUGACUGAUGGGACACUGAUGGACAAGCCAUUUAAGCUGACCGUGGAAGAGGCCAAAAAAGCUCGAGAACUCGGAGCCACCAUUUUCACCGUGGGUGUGCAUAUGUAUGACAAAGUACAGAUGAUGGAGAUUGCAGACAGCCCAAGUCACAGUUUCGCGGUCACAAAAGGGUUCUCUGCUCUGCAGAGCAUCAUUGACACACUUGCUGCCAAGUCAUGUAUUGAAGUGUUAUCCGUGCAGCCUUCCUAUGUGUGUAUAAAAGGAGCCUACCAAGUAAACAUUAGCGGACGUGGGUUUAGUAAUGCGAAAGACAUGAGCCAAGUUAUUUGCAGAUUCACGUUCAGUGAUUCCAGAAUCGUUGAUGAAGGCCCUACUGAAAUGAAUGACAAAAGUAUAUCCUGUCCUGGUCCAAGGAUACAGCAAGCUGGAGAGGAAGUCUCUCUUCAGGUCAGUCUGAACAAUGGCCUCUCCUUCAUUGGGAACAAACUCAUCAUAACCGGCAACAACUGCGGGAGUACCAAGGGGAUUGCAGUAGGCAGCAGCAGUAGCAGCGACACUAAACCCAACCAGCCACAGAAAGAAGACCCAGACCCAGAUCCAGACCCAGACCCAGACCCAGCAGACACAACACAAGGCAAAGUGACCACUGCGCCCAACGAGCCACUGGGAGAUAACCCUCUCUUUAACUGGAAAUUUCUUAUCUUCGUACCAGUCUUGCUGGUGGCCCUCCUGUUGCUGUGUUGCUGCUGUUGGAAGUUGUGCCGCAGGAAGCCUAAGGAGCAGCCGCCACCGCCAAAACCAGAACCAGAGAAGGAUCCAGAAGAGAACCCCUCCCCUCCUCCUACAUCAUCACCGGCUCCUCAGGUCCCCCCUCCUUCAUCUCCAUCACCUGUCAACCCAAGCCCUACUGUGAUCGUUGCCUGCUGUGGCUGUGGAAGCAGAGGCAUCCAGGAAAACCUGGAUCCAUGCUGCAGUUGCUUUUACCCAGGAUAUCACCAGAUACCGAUGAUGUGGUGUCAUCCCAAGGUCCAGGGGAGAUGCACCAACUUUACUGUCUUGAGUCCCAGCUGCACACAUGCCUCCUGCAGCCCAAAGCUUUGCCUUCCUUCCAAUAGAGACUGUCUCCAUCUCACAAAACCAUCAUGCUCCUCAAGGAUUGUCAUUCAACCUAGCGGGGAGUGCUUCGGCAUCUCACAGGGAUCCUGCGGCCCAAAGAUCUGCCUUAAAGCAGGCCAAGAAUGUCUCCCUGUUACACCAACCCUGUGCUCAAAGGUGUGCCCACCGAGUCAGAAGUGCUUCGCUCUCGACUGCUCACAGUCCUCAUGCCCAAACAGGUGUACCCCGGCUCCCUCCAGGAUGCUGCCUCUGCUCCAUCCCCAUACCCGUCAAUCUGUAGAAACCCUUUGUCAAACCUACCCUUGCCGUCCAUCCUCUAAAGAACCAAAAUUCUAA